AUGGUGCGGAAGCGGGUUCGCCGGAGAGGGAGGGCCCUUUCCCCUUCCGCAUCCCCAGCGAAACGAGGCUUGCCUUCCGACGAUCGCCGCCGGCCCCCGCGUGUCGCCAAGUAUCCAGCGACGCGGCGCGCUGCGCUCGAGGAAGCCGCCGGUGCUACGACGGCGGGGUGCGUCGCGCUCUGCUGCUGCUGCCCCUGUGGCCUGCUGAACCUCCUCUUCGUCGUCGCGCUGAAGCUUCCGGCGGAGCUACUGCGGCGAGCGCUGCUGCGGCUGAGGUGGCGGAGGAAGCAGCGCAGGGCCAAACCCAGGGGCUGGAAGCCCAAAGACCUCGCCUUUUGCGAAGACGACGACGAUCUAAGACUGCAUGAUAGAGGCCUUACCAGCGAGGGGACGAGUACUUGGCCGGUGAUCUCCCAGAGCCAGGAUAUGGCAGAGCUGGAGAAGGAGAUGCUGAGCAAGUUCCGUACCGCCGGAUUCUGGCGGAGUCUGUCGCGGAGCCAAAAGGAGUGCUGA